UCCUGGCGGCGAUUCCGUCCCGGAGUCCUCGGCUAUCUGGGACCAGAGAGGAAGCUGGUUUCACUUCACAGGAUGGACGACAGCAGGGACAAUGACUCCUAUCCUGCAGUCACUAGUAACAAUCGCAAAUAUUCUCGUGAAAGUGAAGAAGAAGAAGCAGAGGAAGAAGCAAAAGAAACAUCACCCCUUCAGUCUCAUCUGUACUUGGCGGGUUUGGGGGUUUUUUGUGUCCUGCUAGCUGGAACAGCUAUCUACAUGAGCAUGAAGGUUAACAAGCAGCAGGAAAAUAUCAGUAAUCUCACAAGAGAAAAAAAGAAACUGACUGAUCAAAGAAAGAUAAUAAAGAACCAGGAGCUGAGCCGAGUGAGCCGAGUGGGAGAGGAGCUGUUUCGAAAGAAGGAGGAGCUGAGCCGCAUGAGAACUACGCUGCAGCUAGUGAACGGAGACAGAGCGUUGCUGAGCCGAGAGAUGGAGCAGCUGAGCCGAGAGACGGAGGAGUUGAGCCAAAAGAGAGAUGAGCUGAACCAGUUGUACAAAGAGAAAGAUGAGCUGAGCCACACAAGAGAUAAGUUAACCCAAGAGAUUAAAAGGCUGACCCAAGAGAGAGACAAGCUGAGCCAAGAGAGAGAAGAGCUGAGGGAGAGUCUGGAAUUCAUCCAGAAGUUUGACACAUUUUCAGUUAAAGACAACUGCCUCAACAAAAUAUGUAAGCCCUGCACAGGUGACUGGAUUCUCUUCAAGAAAAAAUGCUACCUGUUUUACGACAAACCAGCUCCUUGGAAGACCUGGGAAGAAAGUCGAACGCUCUGUAAGAAAAGAGGAGCAGAUUUGGUUGUUAUUAAUGAUCUGGAGGAGCAGGAAUUUGUCAGUAAACAUAUCAAGUACUACCAUAGUGAACACCAUGGAUACUGGAUGGGAUUACAGAAAGUUAACAACACCUGGACCUGGGUUGAUGGACGUGUAAACAGUCUUGGGUUCUGGGCGAAGAACACGGUCACCAGUCCGGGACCAAAAGCUCUGGUGAUUCCAAGUCAAAAUCCCUCAGAGAGCUGGAAGAAAGAAAACAAUGUGUUUAUGAACAAAUUCAUCUGUGAGCAUAAGGCUCGACUGAGGUCCAACUGACCGACUGUCCUCUGAAAGUUUCAUGCAGGAAUGUUCAACUCUGUCGUGAAUUUCUAUAU